AUGAGCACUACCGACUCGUCUGAUGAACUGUUUAGGAACGUUCAUGAGCAACUAAAAGCCAACGAAACUGCAUUGAAGCAGAAGUAUGCGCGUUUACGGUCGCAAGUGGAGCAGCAGCGCACUGAGCUAGCGCAGUGGCGCACCCAGUUCGAAGCGGAUGUGACGACACUGCUUGAGACUCUUGAACGAGUUGAACGGAACUCCAAGUCACGUCUGGAGCGCUGUCUGCAGGUGAUUGAGGAAACCAAGCGAACCGAGAAUGAGGGUGGCCAAGAUCAGGAAGGAGAGACGCCAGAGGGUCCUGGCGAGGCUCCAGGCUCGUCGUGA